AAACACAAUUAAAGUUUUCGAGCGAUUAAACGCUAGUUUCAAGUAAAUGAUUAUGCGUUGCACUAGACAUAUCUCGGCCAUUCAGCCAUGUUCCGCCGUGGCGCCGCCCGCCUACUUCUGCACCGCCGCCGCCUCUCCACUACCGAUGUUCGAACGGUGCCGGCAGCGGAUGACCUAUUCGCGGCGGCUUGGAGAAGAAUAGCGCCUAACGUCGACUUGCCCGAGACUCCACUGGCCUUCCGGCAACCGUCCACCACUUCCGCAGCCUCAAAGCUGACCAUCAACUUCAAUUCGCGCUACUCCUCGCGCUUCUCCAAUAAACAGGUGGACAUGGUGGUAGCACCUGGCGUGGCGGGGCAGAUAGGUAUUCUACCCGGACAUGUAGCAUCAAUAUCGGAGCUGAAACCUGGCCUCCUCUCCAUACACGAGGAUGGUGAAGUGAUGAAGUACUUCAUUAGCAGUGGAUUUGCGUUUGUCCAUUCAAAUUCUGUUAUUGAAAUCUUCGCUGUGGAGGCUGUCACGAUAAAGCAAAUCGACCCCGCCUCUGUCCAGAAGGGUCUUGCAGAGUUCACUCAGAAACUGAGCAUGGCCUCAACAGAUGCAGAGAAAGCUGAAGCCCAAAUCGCGCUCGACGUUCUAACUUCUCUCGAUUCUUCCCUCGCAGGAUAGUCCAUUGUUUACUGAUUCUCUCUUGAGUGUUAGUCAUUUUGAGAUCCUUCUACAUUGGAAAGUUUCCAUUGUCUUGUUUUUUUGUAGCUUUGAAUUCUGUGGAAGAUUACUAAUAACUCGGAUUGUAUUAUUACAUGUAAAUUCCAUAUAGGCAAAAUAAUAUACGUAGUCUUUGUUUUUGGUUUU